GAUGAUUUUCAGUUCAAUCUGGUUUGAUUCAAACUGCAGACAUGUUCAACGAAGCCUGGUCGGGUUUUCUGUAUUUAUGUUCUCUGGCCUAUCAGGCCUUGGUCCCCUGCACACUUCCUCAACUGUUGAUGGUGAAGACCAUCAACCAUCAGCAGUAUCUGGGAAAGUGGUAUUUCAAGGCAGCUGUCAGUCACCGGGAGGCCGACAUCCAGAAGUUCAGAGUUUUUGACAGCAUGGUUUUCACCAUCGAGGAGGCGGCUAAUGAUACGCUGGUCUUGACCGGAAAUAUGCGCAUGGGAGAAGAUUGCAUAAAACAGAGCUGGACGUAUCACAUACAGCCUGAGAGGGAUGACAUGGUCAUGGAAGGACGGACGUUUCGCAGGAACUUGUUCUGGAGUGGCACAUGGGCCAACUGCCUCGACUGCAUCAUUUUCCAGGAAACAGAGCCUCCUCUGAGAACGACAGAAGCGGAGGACUCCCUGAACAGAUUCAUGCUGUAUGCUCGGCACAAAGACAUCAGCUCCGAGGUGGUGACCACUUUUCUCAAAAAUUCUGCUUGUCAUCAGAUGAAGAUCCAUGUCACCCCCCCUGAAGAGAAAGCGUUUUGCAUCUAACCCUGCAGAUGAAGGAGGCUGCAGGGAAGUAAAACUAAUAAAACAAGAAAGAAAUCGAAAAGAAAACUCCUGUAUCAGGGAGGACUCGUCCCCAGCCACAAAAACAAAACCUGGGGAAUUCCUGUGAUGAAACCAGGGCAGAAAUGUGUCAUUUGCUAUUAUGUUCCUGUUGUCCUCUCUGCAAUAAAAGUUGAACACUUCCA